AAAAAAAAAAAAAAUUAGAAGAAGACGCUGUCGUUAAUAGCAAAUCAGCAGCUCAGGGGUUUAGGGUUUUGUGACUUCACCGGGGACAAUUUGAAUCUGUCUUUGAAGAAAGCAGGAAGAAAAGAGGGAAAAGCAAAGGUGUAAAGUAAAGAUGUGGUAUUUGUGCGUGUUCUACCACAGAUUGUUGGACUACAGAAGGCCAGAAAUUGAAUCUCUAGCUCAGCUUUUUGGUGAAGAAAACUCCUACAGUAAUUUUGCAUUAGAGUGGAAAAUUCCCAAACAUCACCACCCUGACUCUCCCUUUCAUUUCGUCAAUCUUCCCUCUGAAGAUGUCGCCCGUAGCGUUGCCAAUCGAAGUAUACUUGUUAAGGGAAUCUAUGAACUUUGGGGAGAAGGGAGCAGCUAUGAAGAAUUGGAGGAGGCUAUAAGAAAUUAUCCAGAAGAGCGGAAGUUGCCAUAUUUGAGCCCUGAAAGCACGUUCAAGAUUACUGUUGAUAGCUUUGGGAAGGUCAUCAGCUUCCAGGAACAAAAUGAUCGGAUUAAGGGACUUUCUUACAUUCCUUUCAAGGGCCGGGUUAAUUUAAAAAAUCCAGAGCAUAAGUUCUGGCUCAUAGAAACUGAUGACUAUGGAGUUAAUAAUGGGCUUCCACCAGUAGUCCAAAGGAGAAUCUUUUUUGGUCGAGAAGUUGGUGCUGCUGAUAGGAAGCUUUUACCCACAUAUCAGUUAAAAAGUCGCACUUAUCUUGGUCCCACAGCAAUGGAUGCAGAAAUGGCUUUCUUAAUGGCCAACCAAGCUCUCGUCGAACCUGGGAAACUUGUUUAUGAUCCUUUUGUUGGCACUGGGAGUAUUCUUGUUGCUGCAGCACACUUUGGUGCAAUGACAAUGGGUGCAGAUAUUGACAUUAGAGUGGUUCGUGAUGGGCGUGGCCCUGAUUGUAAUGUUUGGAGCAAUUUCAAGCAGUAUGGACUGCCAAUGCCAGUUGGUUUGUUAAGGGCAGAUAAUAACCUUCCACCCUGGCGUCCUGGAUUAAAAGAGGUGUUUAAUGCCAUAAUUUGUGACCCACCUUAUGGAGUUCGGGCUGGUGGACGUAAAUCAGGUGGCCGGAAAUUGCUAAAGGGGGCUGUAGAUCCUUAUACUGUUCCUGAUGACAAGAGGGUCGGCCACAUACCAUCGACGGCUCCAUACUGCUUAUCUGAGUGCGUUCAUGAUUUGCUUGACCUGGCCGGUAGGAUGCUAGUAAUGGGUGGCAGGCUUGUGUACUUCUACCCAGUACUAAGAGAAGAUAAUUCAACGGAAGACUGUUUCCCAGAACACCCAUGUUUUAAAUUGGUUGCUUCUUCCGAACAGAUCCUAAGCUCACGUUAUAGUCGGAUUUUACUAACCAUGGUGAAGAUAGGUCCAUAUUCAGAGGAAAAUGCUUUGGCAGCUAGGAUAAAACAUUUGGAAUUUAGGGAGAACCAUUUAAAGUGGUUAGAAGAUGGUAAUCUUCAUUCUUCCGUUUUUGCUCCGGCAGAUGCACAGUUGACUGCAAGCACUGAUUCCAGAUUAAGUAAAGAACCAAAGCCGAAGUACAGAGGGAAAUAUGUUUAGUGUUGAUUUUGAUGCAGGUUUUAGGCAGUUGAUUUGUCGGCAACUAUGGCAUUGACUACAAAUUUUGAUAGUGAUUCAUAUGAUGAACUUUCUAUUAUUUAUCAAAAGACUCUUACCUGGCAUUGAGUACGAUGUACUUAGUUGGAUUUCAUCAUGUAACCUCCUUAUAUAACAUGUAUGAAUAUGUAGCAAUCAAGUUCCCAUUUCUGGUGUUGAGAAUUUAAUUAAUUUCCUCUACGCUUUUGACUUUUGAGAUA